AUGGAAGUCUAUGAGACUGUAAAAUUGAUUGGAUCGGGUGCAUUCGGUCAAGUCUAUUUAGUGAAGCAUAAGCGUGAAGACAAAAUGUAUGUCAAUAAAAAGAUUAAAACAAGAGAUAUGAGUCAAAAAGAUAGGGAGAACACAGAGAAUGAAGUACGCUUGUUGUAAAAAUUAAGACAUGCUAACAUUGUAGCAUAUAAAGAUAGUUAUAUGGAUAGAGAGCAGUAUUUAAAUAUUGUUAUGAUUCAUUGUGAAGGAGGAGAUAUGCAUAAUAGAAUUAAAAAUUAAAAAGGAAAAAAUUUUCCCGAAGAUUAGAUUUAGGAUUGGUUAGCAUAAAUGGCAUUAGCGCUUUUUUAUUUGCAUGAAAAGAAAAUAUUACAUAGAGAUCUUAAAACCCAAAAUAUUUUUUUAAAGAGCGGCAGAGUAAGACUAGGUGAUUUUGGUAUAGCAAAAGUACUUGAUUCAACUAGAGACUUCGCAAAUACAUGCAUUGGUACUCCUUAUUAUAUGUCUCCAGAGUUAUUUAAGUACAAACCUUAUAGUUACAAAAGUGAUAUUUGGGCAUUUGGUUGUGUGCUUUAUGAAAUGUGUAAUCUAAGACAUGCAUUUGAUGCUUAAAGUUUAAAUGGAUUAGCAGUCAAGAUUAUGAAUGGUACAUACCCGCCUAUAAAUUCUACUUAUUCCAAGUCUUUAAGAGAUUUAAUUGGCAAAAUGCUUUAACUUAAUCCUAAAAGUAGACCUUCUAUUUUAGAUAUUAUAAACACGUCCUUUGUUAAACGUAGGAUCAUAUCUUACAUCACAGAUCUAUUAAGUGGAAACUUGACAGAUCCUAAUAUUAUUAAUGAUGUUGAUGAUCUCUAUUUUGAUAGUCUAAGGGAUUAAGCUUAAAAACUUGGUAUUCUUUAAAUUAUUAAUUAAAAUCUUUCUAAAAAUGGCCCAGCUUUACCAAUUAGUGAUGAGUAGCUUAGACCUCCAUAGAGGGUUGGUUAAAGAUAGCAAGGGACUGAUAGAAAAGUGAUUGAACAAAAGCAAAAAGCUAAAAAGGAAUUGUAGAAAUAGAUUAAUGAAAAAAAUAGAAUUGAAUAGGAAAUUAAAAGGUUAGAAAAGAAAAAAAUGGUUAGAAGCUCUAGCACAAAUAUCAAACAGCCAUAGCAGUAAAGUCAAUAAAGUGAUUCCAGAUAAAAUAUUAAAAAGACAGAAAAUGAUCGUCGUGACAAAAAAGAAAGGGAUCGUAGCUAUUCCUUGGAAAGGGAAAGCUCUGUCAAAUAGCGUAAACCUUUAUAAAAUUAACAGCAGUAAUCUGUAAAUCAAUCAAAAUCUUCAGUUAAUUCCAUAAGAAAUGAAGUGAAGAGAGUUAGAUAAUAGAUAGAUUCAUCAUCAUCAACAAGUGCUGAAUCUGAUGUAGUCUCAACCAAAGUAACCCCUUCAGUUAGGCAGAGUGCUGAGUAAAGUUAUAAUGAAUAAAAAAAUGUGGAUCGUAGAGAAUAAAUUAGACAAGAGUAGGAGAGAAAAAAGAAAUAAGAACAGGAAGAAAUGGAAUAAUAGAGGAAAUAAAUUAUUUAAGAAAAUAUUUAAGCAAGGUAAAAAGCUGUUUAAUUAUAAUAAGCCUAAUACAGGCCAUCUAAAGACAAUAUGGUUUUUAUGAAUGAUGAGGAGGAAAAGCAAUAGCAGCAGUAAUAAAACUAAAUGUAAGGAUUUGUCAAAAGAGGUAGUCUUUAGUCAUUUGAAUAUUCAAAAAAGUAAAAUGGUAACCCUGUUGACGACUUCUCCAUAGAUAUUAAUGAGCGUGAAAGCUUCGAUUAUAAAUCUAGUAUAGAUUAAAAUUCAAAUAUUUAUAACUCUGAGAGAUAUGCACCUCCAAUGUAAAAUAACAGCUAAGUAAAUAACAAUUAUUAAGAUGAGAGAUAUACUUAGCAACAACAGUAGCAAAGACCUUAAUAAUAGUAUCCUUACAAAAUUUAAGAAGAAGAGGAUUAAAUUAUAGAUAUAAAUGAAAUCAUAGGAGAAAAUAAUGAAGAAAAUGAUGAUGAUGCAUUAUAAUCAGUAAUCCAUGAAGAAGAAAAUGAAGAAUCAGAUGAUGAAGUAGAAGAGGACCCAAAUAAAAUAGAAGAAAAAUUAGAAUUAAUGAAAACAAAGCUUAAGGAAAAAACGAUUAAAAUCAAUACAAUCACUAAUUUCCUCAAUUAAUCUAGGAAGCAAGCAACUCUUUAAAAGAACCAAAUCAGUCAGUAAAUGCAAAAUUAAGAUUAAGAAGAAGGGCAUAUCAUCCCAGAAGAUCAAUAAAGUGAAGAAGAUGAUAAUAAUUACUAUGAUGAUGAGGAUUUAGAUGAUGAUGAUAAUUAUGAUGAAAACGAAGGAGAAGUUAUUUAAGAGUUUUAACAAAACAAUAACCCAUAAUAUUUCAAAAUUUAAGAUAAAAUAAAACUAUUUAGACACAGAUGUGAAGCCAGUUUAGGAAUAGUAAUGUUUGAUAAAGCUUAUGAUUAUCUCAAAGUAAAUAGUAAUAAAUGUUCGACCGAUGAAUUAAGAAAGUAGCUAGUAGAAAUUUUAUCAGAGGAAAAUAUUGGCUUUUGGCAUUUAAUCGACUAAAUAUUAUUUUUAGAAGAAGUUUUGUAGACUAUCCCAUCAUAAAUAUAAAAAUGA